UACGUUAGUCAUGGAGUAGUGUUUAAAGAAUCCACAACUCGUCUCUUCCACUCGCGAAAAUUUAUUUCUCGUCGCAAAUUUUUAUUUAAAUUUUGAGAGAUUCUUUCAUCCGCACCAAGUGUCACGGACUAAUCACGUUUCGAGUGAUAUUCUCGAACGACGACACACUAGUUGGACGAUUGUCUUUUACUUUAUUCUAUUACAUUUACUGAUUUACUGAUAACGUUUACCGAAACUUAAAAGCAAGUGAAUUCAUAGUGAAAUGGUUGCGGACAAACCAGUGCCCGAUUUCACGGUGGAGAAUGAUAUUUACAAAGGACAAAAGAGGCCAUAUUCCGACACUUGUAAAAGCAUCGGAGAAUUGAUUUGGAAAAGAAUUGACAGCUUUAGUGAUAAAGAUGCACAGAUCGACGCACGCACAGAAGAACUGGUUACGUAUAAGGAACUCCAGAAAAAAAUUACGAAAUGCGCCAUUUGGCUGCAGGAACAGGAAAUUAAACCAGACGAUAUAAUCAGUGUGUGCACGCACAACCAGAUAAAUGCUUUCGUGUCGUGUCUCGCAGCGAGUUAUAUCAAUGCUAUCUUCAACCCAUGGGAUGAGAACAUGAAUUUGCAAACUGCGCUGCGUGUGAUGCAAAUGACUAUGCCGAAGGUGAUCUUCUGCAACGAGAAAUCCGUAAGCGUGGUGCUGCAGGCAGUGCGCGAAAAGAAUUACAAGCCCAAGGUGGUGGUCUUCGGCAACCACCCCGACGCAGUUUCGUUCGCGAGGAUUUUGAGCAGCUACAGCGAUGCGCAAGCGGCGCGCUUCCGUUACGUCGAGAAUGACAAUAUCAGGAAAACGUCGUGCAUCUUGCAUUCAUCCGGUACCACGGGAAUACCGAAGGCCGUCGAGUUGUCCAAUUAUUCUAUGCUGUCAUUGAAUGAAGAGAGCAAGAUCAAUAUGAACGAGACGGUACCGCUUUGGUUCUCCUCGAUUUACUGGGUCAGUGGUAUAAUGUUGAACCUGAAGGCGAUUAGUCAAGGUGCCAAGGUGAUCGUCUAUCCGAAAUUUGACGAAGAGAUGACGUGUAUCUUAAUCGAGAAGUAUAAGGUGACGUGGCUGUUCACAGGAACUAGCAUGACAAAUCGAUUCCUCAAAGCCGGUUACGUAAAGAAUUAUUCUUUAUCUACCUUGAAAAUUAUCUUCUGUGGCGGUGCUAUCCUCAAGCCGGAAUCGCAAAAGGAACUGAAAAGACUUCUGCCGCACGUCGACAUACUGCAGGCUUACGGAAUGACGGAACUGGGUGGAAUGGCAACGUGCCAGAUGCCGCACCACAAGCUCGGUUCUUGUGGAUCUGUAGUGCCGAAUAUGCAAAUAAAGAUCGUAGAUCCAGAGAGCGGAAAGACUCUCGGCUCGAACGAAAUGGGAGAGCUGUGGGCGAAAUCGGAAAAUAUAAUGACUGGUUAUUACAGAAAUCCCGAGGCGACAAAAAGCACGAUUGACGAGGGAGGAUGGUUGCACUCGGGUGAUCUUUGCUACAUCGAUGAGAAUGGCGAGGUAUUCGUGGUCGACAGGCUGAAAGAGCUCAUAAAAUACAGAGGAUAUCAAAUCUCACCCGCGGAGAUAGAAGAUCUUCUACUAACACAUCCAGCAGUGUUAGAAAUUGCGGUGGUAGCAGUGCCUCAUUCGACGGACGAUGAACAUCCUAUAGCUUACGUCACCAAGAAACACGGAGCUACGGUAACAGAGCAAGAACUGAUCGACUAUGUAGCGAAUAAUAUGAUGGACCAUUUUAAACUUCGUGCCGGAGUAGUGUUCUUGGAUAGUUUUCCUUAUACAGGAUCUGGGAAAAUUGCGAAAAAGGAAUUAAGAGCAUUGGCUAAGAAAUUAGCGAUUGAGUAAAAUGUAUUGAGGACAUGAAUCUUGUUCAUGUCAUUAAAAUUACAGAUAUUUGCACGAUUAGAAAGGGGACAAAUGUGACAGAUAAUUAUUUUAUAAUUGAAGAAACCAUAAUUUUAUUUAUGUAAUUAUAUAUGUGUAUAUUCUAUUUUCUUAGUUUUAAUAUUUAGACAUUAAUACGGACAAAAGAAAAGGUGGAAAUUAUUCUCGAUGAUUUCCUGCAUUUCAUGCAAUGUAGAGUAGCAAAAACUAAAAAUAUGCGCACUUCUAUAAUUGUCUUUUUGCACUUUUAAGAGUUAAGCAACACGUAAAAAUUAAUUCUAUAUAUUGAUGAUAAAUAUCCCAGCAAAAAUAAAAAGUUUCAUGAGCGUUUGUUUAGCGUCUAUGUGAGCGUUUAUAAGAGUCGUUAGGAGUUUAAAAACAGUCAGUAGAGAAUUUGUAGAGUGGAAUUUGCAAUGCUGCAGCGUUUGAAGGUGUUUUUCUCAGCAAAACUUUGACGAAACGUUAUGUACAGCGUUUGAUCGAAGCGUUCCGAAAGCGUUUGAAACCCAAUGGCAUUCUUAUAAGGUUUAAGAGCGUAUAAACUCUCAAAAAACUCUCAUCAAACGAUUGUCAACGCUUUACAAAACUUCUUAUUUUUGCCAGGAUAAGCGUUCAGUGAGUUCUCCCUCCUCCUAAAACUCCAGCAACAGUUUUUCAAUUUGACAAUGUGCAGGAAAUCGCACUUCUGAGUGAUGAGCGAGAAAUUUGAUUUGAGUCACUUCUUCACAAGAAACGUGCAGGGUUCUUUGUCAAAAUGUUACAUAUAUUAAAAUUUCAUUUCUUGUUGUCUUUGUUGGAUUGCCUUUAAAAUUCUUUUAAAUUCUUCUUUGUUCAUACCAGAUAAGUGUCGGCAAAACAUAUAAUCCAAAAAACGUAAUUUUUCACGACUGCUGGAGAAAAGAAGAUCUCAAUAAAACUGAUUAUGGGCAUUAGUUGUGGAUUAGAAUA